AUGGGAAUAACGAGGACAACAUCUGAAGAUCCGGAGAUAGCGUCUGAUGUAGAUCAUGAAGAAUCAUCGCAGCCAGUUUAUAAAAGGAGGAAAACAGAACAACCUCAAACAGUAUAUCCACUUUCGGUAACUACUAUAGAGUCGCCGUUACAGUUCAAAUCAUCGACUUAUCAUUCAGAGAUCCCUAUUGAAAUCCUUGAAAAUAAAGAAUUACCAGUAGUUCUAGGUGUAGAUGAAGCAGGUAGAGGUCCUGUCUUGGGUCCUAUGGUAUAUGGUAUAGCGUAUUCAUUAGAAAACUUUCUGAAAGAUUUACAAAAGAAAUAUGGUUUUGCUGAUUCCAAGACUUUAAAAGAAGAACGAAGACAAGAAUUAUUUGAUACUAUUGAACAAAAAAAUUCCGAACUUAAUAAACAUGUUGGAUGGGCUACAACUACACUUACAGCACGAGAUAUUUCAUCAGGUAUGCUUAAAUGUAAUGGGAAAGCAUAUAAUUUAAAUGAACAAGCUCAUGAUACUACUAUAGACUUAAUUAAGCUGAUAGUUUCUCGUGGUGUAAAUGUUAAGAAAGUAUAUGUUGAUACUGUUGGACCUCCAAGUACAUAUCAAGCUAAAUUAAGUAAAAUAUUUGAAGGUAUAGAAAUUACAGUAGCAAAAAAGGCUGAUAGUAUAUAUCCUAUAGUAAGUACUGCAUCAAUUGUUGCGAAAGUUACUCGAGAUCAAAAUUUAAAAUGGUUUAAUAAUAAUGUAACAAUUCUACAAGGUCAUAAUUUAGGGUCAGGAUAUCCCAGUGAUCCCAAUACUUCUAAAUGGUUAAAUAAUAAUGUAGAUAAAGUAUUUGGAUGGUGUUAUGGAUUUAUUAGAUUUUCAUGGCAAACUGCUAAAGAUAGUUUAGUUAAGAAUGGAGCUGUUAAUGUUAUAUAUGAAGAUCAGGUGACUAAAAAAGAUUCUGGAGGUUAUAGUGAUGUAGGAGGAUUUUUCAAUGGUAGUAAUAAUUCUACUAAUGAUAAAUCAUCAUACAUAGAUAAAUCGUAUUAUAAUAGUGAUCAAGUAGAUCUUUAA